GCAGAUCCUACUACAUCAGUUGUAGUUUCAAGCACUGCAGCAGCUGAACCUGCAACAACUGUAGGUCCUACUACAACAACUGUAGCUCCUAAAACAGCUACAACUGCAGCAACUACUACAACUGAAGCUAUGACAACGACCACACCUACUACGACAGCUACAACUGAAGCUCCUACGACAACUGCAGCUCCUACUACGACCACUGCAGCGCCUACUACAACUGAAGUUACGACAACAACCACACCUACUAUGACAGCUACAACUGAAGCUCCUACGACCACUACAACGACAACUGCAGCUCCUGCGACAACUGGAGCACCUACUACGACAACUGCAGCACCUACUACGACCACUGCAGCGCCUACUACGACAACUGUAGCUCCCACAACAACUACUUCUGCAGCUCCUACGACAACCUCAACUGCAACACCUUCUACAACUGCAGCUCCUACAACCACUAUGACUACAUCAACUACUACGACAACCACAACUGCACCUACCGCUACAACCACAACUGCAGAUCCUAAAACAGCUACAACUGCAGCAACUACUACAACUGAAGCUAUGACAACGACCACACCUACUACGACAGCUACAACUGACGGUCCGGCAACAACCACACCUACUACGACAGCUACAACUGAAGCUCCUACAACCACUACAACAACAACUGCAGCUCCUGCGAAAACUGGAGCACCUACUACGACCACUGCAGCGCCUACUAUGACAACUGGAGCUCCCACAACAACAACUUCUGCAGCUCCUACGACAACUGCAGCUCCUGCAACAACUGCAGCACCUACGACAACUGGAGCACCUACUAUGACCACUGCAGGGCCUACUACGACAACUGUAGCCCCCACAACAACUACUUCUGCAGCUCCUACGGCAACCUCAACUGCAACAACUGCAGUUCCUACGACAACUGCAGCUACUACGACAACUGCAGCACCUACGACAACUGGAGCACCUACUACGACAACUGGAGCACCUACUACGACAACUGCAGCACCUACUACGACAACUGUAGCUCCCACAACAACUACUUCUGCAGCUGCUACGACAACCUCAACUGCAACACCUUCUACAACUGCAGCUCCUACAACCACUAUGACUGCUGCAGCAACUACUACGACAACCACAACUGCACCUACUGCUACAACCACAACUGCAGAUCCUACUACAACAUCAGUUGUAGUUUCAAGCACUGCAGCAGCUGAACCUGCAACAACUGUAGGUCCUACUACAACUACAACUGCAGCAACUACUACAACUGAAGCUACGACAACAACCACACCUUCCACUACAGCUACAACUGACGGUCCGACAACAACCACACCUACUACGACAGCUACAACUGAAACUGCAGUUCCUACGACAACUGCAGCUACUACGACAAUUGCAGCACCUACUACGACCACUGCAGCGCCUACUACGACAACUGUAGCUCCAACAACAACUACUUCUGCAGCUCCUACGACAACCUCAACUGCAACACCUUCUACAACUGCAGCUCCUACAACCAGUAUGACUGCAGCAACUACUACGACAACCACAACUGCACCUACUGCUACAACCACAGAUCCUAUUUCAACAUUAGUUGAUCUUACAAGCACUACAGCAGCUGAAACUACAACAACUGUAGGUCCUAAAACAGCUACAACUGAAGCUCCGACACCAACCACACCUAAUAUGACAGCUACAACUGAAGUUCCUACGACCACUACAACAGCAGCACCUGCAAAAACAACUGCAGCUCCUGCGACAACUGGAGCUCCUGCUACAACUGCAGCUCCUACGACAUCUGCAGCAACUACUACGACAACCGCAACUGCAACUGCACCUACUGCUACAACCACAACUGCAGAUCCUACUGCAACAUUAGUUGAUCUAACAAGCACUACCGCAGCUGAAACUACAACAACUGUAGGUCCUACUACAACAACUGUAGCUCCUAAAACAUCUACAACUGAAGCUCCUACGACACCUGCAACGACAACUGCAGCUCCUAUGACAACUGCAGCUCCUACGACAACUGCAGCUACUACGACAACUGCAACACCUACGACAACUGCAGCACCUACGACAACUGGAGCACCUACUACGACAACUACAGCACCUACUACGACAACUGUAGCUCCCACAACAACUACUUCUGCAGCUCCUACGACAACCUCAACUGCAACACCUUCUACAACUGCAGCUCCUACAACCACUAUGACUGCAGCAACUACUACGACAACCACAACUGCACCUACUGCUACAACCACAACCUCAGAUCCUACUACAACAUUAGUUGAUCUUACAAGCACUACAGCAGCUGAAACUACAACAACUCUUCAACUGACGGUCCGACAACAACCCCACCUACUACGACAGCUACAACUGAAGCUCCUACGACCGCUACAACAGCAACACCUGCAACGACAACUGCAGCUCCUGCGACAACUGCAGCACCUACAACACACCAUCUACGCCCACUGUAGCUCACACAACAACGACUUCUGCAGCUCCUACGACAACCUCAACUGCAACACCUUCUACAACUGCAGCUCCUACAACCACUAUGACCGCAGCAACUACUACGAUAACAACAACUGCACCUACUGCUACAACCACAACUGCAGAUCCUACUACAACAUUAUUUGUAGUUUCAACUCCUACGACAUCUGCAGCACCUACAACGACAACUGCAGCACCUACGACCACUUUGACUGCAGCAACUACUACGACAACUGCAACUGCACCUACUGCUACAACUACAACUGCAGAUCCUACUACAGCAUUAGUUGUAGUUUCAACAGCACCUACUACCACAACCAGUGCAGCUCUUACUAUAACAGCUGUAGACACUACAACUACAUCAGGAGAAACUGCUACAGAAAAUACAAUUGCACCUACCACGACAACCACAACUGCAACACCUACAAUGACAACUGCAGCACUUACGACAACUGCAGCACCUAUUACGACCACUGCAGCUACUACUACGGCAACUGUAGCUCCUACAACAACUACUUCUGCAGCUCCUACGACACCCUCAUCUGCAGCACCUUCUACAACUGUAGCUCCUACGACCACUAUGACUGUAGCAACUACUACGACAACUGCAGCACCAACAACAUCUGCAGCACCUCCUACGACAGCUGCAGCUUCUGCGAUCUGGAGAACUUACAGCGACAUCUCACCUAUUACGACCACUGCAGCACCUAUUACGAAAACUGUAGCUCCUACAACAACUACUUCUGCAGCUCCUACGACAACGUCUACUGCAUCACCUUCUACAACUGCAGCUCCUACGACCACUACGAUUGCAACAACUACUACGACAACCACAACUUCACCUACUGCUACAACAACACCUGCAACAGCAAUUGCCGCUCCUACGACAACUGCAGCUCCUAUGACAACUGCAGCUCAUACAACUGCAGCUCAUACGACAAUAACUGUUUCUCUUUUUACCACUACAACUGUAGCGCCUACUACAGCCACAACAGCAACACCUACAAAUACAACUGGAGCACCUGCUACAGAAACUACAAUUGCACCUACUACGACAAGCACUACUGCAACUUCUAUGAUAACUGCAGCUCCUCUGACCAAUGCAGCUCCUACGACAACCAGAACUUCAGCUUCUACGACGAACACCACCUUAGCUCCUAUGACAACAACGACAACUGCAACUCCUAUGACAUCGACAACUACAGCACCUAA